GUGUGAACAAAAAAAUAAUUUAUUGAAAAAAGAAGAUUUUCUUCAUAUUUGUAUUUUCUUUAUGAAAAAAUGAGUGUGCUAAUAUUUUUAAUAGACAAUUAAUCAAAGUUAGAUGUGAAUGAUGGGUGUGUUAUAGUGAAAUAAGUGCAAAAGAGUCAAAAACAGGAAUCUAGACCAGAAAAACGAAAAAAGAGAACACCAGAAAAAUUGUUUAAUGGUGGAUAUACAACAUUGAUCACUUAAAAAGUUGAUGGAAGGAAGUGUGAUGAACUGAAAUAAUAAAUUUACAUUCACAUAAAUUGAAAUUUGGCAUUCAGAAAGGAGAGGAAUUUAUACUUUCUAUAAUCUGUUGAUUAAGCAGCAAGAAAUUGGUUUUAAAUUGAUAUAAAUUCAAAUUAAUUAAGAAAGAUGGGAGUCGAAAAAGCUAGAAAUUUAUCACAUUUGUCACUUGAGUCCAUUCCAAAAAGUAUCACCAAUGAAAAUGGCAGUGUGGAAUAUGAUCCGUCGAUUGAAAAUCAUAUACAAAUGAAUGGAAAUGUUGGAGAUAUAAAGGAAGUCAGCGAGAAAAAUUGUGUAAAAUUGCCUGAGGAAAAUGAAAAAUUAAUGGACAAUGAAAAAGAGGUGAAAUAUGAGUUGGUGCCACCCGAUGGAGGCUACGCAUGGCUUGUACUUUUUGGUGCCAUGCUGGUGAACAUUUUAAUUCCAGGAGGAGCAAUCAAGUCCUUUGGAAUUUUAUUCGUUGAAUUUCUUGAAAAUAUGGAUUCAACACCUACAGCGGCUAGUUGGAUUCCAGCUUUAUGUUACUUCCUGUAUUCGUCAUUAGGACCUCUUUCUUCAAUAUUAUCCGUAAAGUAUUCUUAUAGGACUGUAACCUUCGUUGGAGCUGCUUUUUGUAGUGCGGGGAUGAUUCUAACGCAUUGGGCUACUUCUAUUCAAUAUUUGUACAUUAGUUAUGGAGUUUUCGUCGGAAUUGGAGCAGGACUUUCAUUUCCACCUACGGUUUAUAUUGUGACAUCCUAUUUCGUGAAGCUCCGAGGAUUGGCCAACGGUUUGUGUAUCAGUGGAAGUGCUUUAGGCUCAAUUUUUCUCCCUCCAAUAUUGAGAGUAUUAUUAGACAAUUUCGGAUACCGUGGUGCAUGCCUUAUUAUGGGUGGUAUUACACUUAAUUGCUUUAUUGCUGCGCUUUUUUACGAUGACGUUAGCAAGCAUAUGAAAAGAGUGAUAGUGGAGGAGAACGAUGAGCAAGAAAUGCAAGAAGAUUUAAUAUCUGGAAAAACAUUUAGAAACGAGAAAAUUCUAGAAGAUGUAGAAGAAGAGCCGAGCGAAGGCAUAGAAAAUGGAACAAAGAAAUUAGCUAAAUUUAUUCUUACACAUGACGAUUGUGCAACUCCAAUUGCAAAUACACCGACAAUGGACUAUAAACAUGACAUUUUUAAAUAUCCGAAUAAAAAUAGCUUUGAGCGAUCAAUAUCAGCUGUAAUGUCAAAUGAUCGAACUCGUAAAAUCAGUACCCCAAUGAAAGGUGAUAAUGUGCAACGUAAUGGCACCGUUACUUCCUUUACUACACAAUUAAACUCAAACUUGUCUCUAACUGAUAAUCAAAAUUCUACCAUGCGAUUACACAGACUUAACUCAAAUCGAGUCACAAGCCGACCGAAGGGAGGAUUAAAGUCGUCACCUUCUACUUCUUCCUUUCAAUAUGUUUCGACAACUUUUCAUGGUACUCUGUCCUCACUUCAACCCAAUGAAUUUUCUUCACACUUAUCUUUACGUUCUAUCGCUAGUUCUUUUAAUCCGAUGACUACGUGUCGGAAAUCUGAUAAGAAGAAAGAAGAAAAAGAACCGACUGGUUGCGAUAAGUACUUUGAUUUGUCCCUUCUUCGCGAUCCUGGAUACUUAAUUUUGUUAAUAUCAAACUGUACAAAUGCAAUAUCCUACACAAAUUUCAUCAUUUUAUUGCCUUCUUAUGCAUUAGAGCUUGGAUUUACCAAAGAUCAAGCUGCGUACUUAUUGUCUAUCGUUUCGACCUUUGAUCUUAUUGGAAGAAUUGGUGGAUCUGCUCUUAGUGACCUUAAUUUAAUACCAAAGAGUUGGUUUUUCGUUGGUGGACUUGUUAUUUCUGGAUUUGGAUUGACUGGACUUCCUUUCGUAUCACAAUAUGGAUGGGUCAGUGCAAUUUGCUCAAUAUUUGGUCUAGCAACAGGAACUUAUGUUGGAAUCACAUCAAUCGUAAUGGUAGAUAUGUUAGGAGCUGACCGCUUGACAUCAUCUUACGGAAUUAGCUUGUUUGUCAAUGGAAUCUUGCAAUUAUUGGGUCCACCAAUUUGUUUAUCUUUCUUUGAGAGCAUUGGGGAAUUUCAACCCAUAUUCUUCGUCCUUGGACUAACAAUAAUAGCAGGAAGCAGUUUGUGGUGCUUUAUGCCUUGCGUACAAAAUAGAAAGAGAGCCAAAGAAACAGAGGCACAAGAAGAAUUAAUGGCUUAGACAUUUUUUUCAUGACUUUAAUUAGCUUACAAAUCGUAUAU